AUGGGCUACUUCUCGUCAAUGGCCAUCGUUUGCGGCAACGACUUACUUGUUGAAAACUUUACCACACGUCUCCACGCAACCUAUGCCAGCAUUUAUGCGACGCAAGCUACCAACGUUGUGCUGCGCAAUAUUGUGACGUCCACCAAUUCUGGCGGGGGUAUCAUGACGGCUGUCAGCCACGUUCUCAUGGACCAAAUCACUUGCCAUCGGUUGGAGCAACCGAACCGCGUGUACGCUAAUGCCUAUUUUUGUAUCUUCGUUCAGGAGGAAGCGGUCAAUACAACAGUCCGGAAGAGCGUCCUUUUUGGCCUCUCCACCGUGCUUCUGAUUCAAGGCACAGACACGCUGUUGGAGAACUUGAACAUCAAUUGGGCCCUCAACUCGGAUGGUCUCCCCUUUGCUCUUGGAUUCAACACAUGCAACAUCAUGCCGGGCCCAUCGACCAACAAUACAAUCAUGCGCAACGUCAAGUCCUUGGCGCAAUUGGGAGG